UGACAGGUAGGGUCCUGAAGUGGCGACUGCCUCGGUAGUCCAGUUCUUUUCUUUUUUAGCUUUGUAGAACUCCGCAGCGCGCAAAUUUUUUCCUGCUUGGAUUCCCCCGCCUACGAUGUGUGAUCAGAAAUGGAGAGAAAAGUAAGCAGAAUCUAUCUUGCUUCUGAACGUGAUACAAUUCAUUUUCUACAAGUUGCUUGGGAAAAAACACUAGGAUCUGGUUUUGUUAUUACACUUACUGAUGGGCAGUCAGCAUGGACUGGGACAGUUUGUGAAUCAGAGAUUUCCCAAGAAGCUGAUGACAUGGCAAUGGAGAAAGAGAAAUAUGUUGAUGAACUGAGAAAAGCAUUGGUGUCAGGAGCAGGACCAACUGACACAUACAAGUUUAAUUUUUGGAAAGAGUCUUGCCACUUCUCCUUUGAGAAAAACUUGAAAGAUGUUUCAUUCAGACUUGGUUCCUUCAACCUACAGAAAGUUGCAAACCCAGCUGAGGUCAUUAGAGAACUUAUUUGUCAUUGCCUGGACACCACUGCAGAAAACCAAGCCAAAAAUGAGCACCUGCAGAAAGAAAAUGAAAGGCUUCUGAGAGACUGGAAUGAUGUCCAAGGACGAUUUGAAAAAUAUGUGAGUGCUAAAGAAGCUUUGGAGACUGAUCUUUAUAAACGGUUCAUUCUGGUGCUGAAUGAGAAGAAAGCAAAGAUCAGAAGCUUACAUCAAUUGUUAAAUGAAGUUCAAGAACUGGAAAAGAACAUCGAGCAUAAAAGGGAAACUCCAACAUGUUCUGAAAUGACUACUGACAGAGAUGCAAUCUAUGAUGAAAGUACUGAUGAGGAAAGUGAAAUCCCACCUAAUCCCUCUGGGUUAAGUCCAGCUACUGUAAGAAGAGAUGAUUCCAUUAUUUCAAGUCCUGAUGUCACUGAUAUUGCACCAACUAGAAAGAGGAGGCAGCGGAUGCAAAAAAAUCUUGGGACAGAGCCUAAAAUGGCUUCUCAGGAGCAUCAGCUUCAAGAAAAGGAAAAGCAGCCUCCCCAGGGCAAGUGCAGAUGUGCUGAGCCAUUUGGCUGAAGCGUGGACCUACUCAGAGAGCCUCCCUUCUCCCCAAUGAAGUCAUCUCCUCUCGGCAGCCCAGCGUUUCCCAUCACUCCAUGUUGGAACUUGGCUUUGGCUUGCAUAGUUCUGUCAUGAUGUAGAUGGUCUUCCAGUUAAGUUCUGGAGAAAUCUACCCAACCAUGAACAGGACAUUUACAGCAAAAAAAAAAAAAAAGAGCCCUUUUAUUGAAAGAAACAUUUUACUGUAACAUUUUGAUUUGGAGGUUGGGGAGCAAAGGCUUGGUAUCUGAUUUCUGGGGGGGGAAAUCGCAUUCUUCAUGGCUUUCUAAGGAUAUUUGUCUGUAUUUAAUUUCUCUGAGUAAUUUAUAUACUUCAGGCUAAAGUGUAAUGAGCUUGUCACCAUCACUUUGCCUUUUGUAGGGUUUCUUUUAUUUUUUAAAGAAAGCAACAAAAACCGUAUAUUAUUGAAUAGUUCUGCAUUUCCUAGAAACCAAAGAAGAUUUGAAGUGUUGGGUAAAAUGUCUUUCCCUAAUCUGUAAUUUUUUUUUUUAAAGCAAUCUUAGAGGGUUGACUUCCUUUUUCUAGGGUCUUUCACAUUUUUAAUCUUUCACAUUCUUUCACCACCCAGAGAGGAUAUUUGCUUCAUUGUGCCUAGGAUCAGCCAGAUCAGGGACUUGAAAUGUGAACUCUGUUUUUGGAGUGUGGAUGGGACUGGAACCUUGUCAUUCCUAGUGCAGCAACAGAUAAUACGAUGUCUAAGAACACUUCACCUGAUCAAUAAAAAAGGAGAAGACUGAAAUGUGAUCCUAAAGGACCUCAGAAAGAGGUUUAGAUAAAGAUAAUGAAAUUCUCUGGAGACCCACCUGACAUCUACACCUUUCUUCUCUAAGUCUUUGGCUGUCUGCCCUCUGACCUCAGCCAAGUUCCUAAAGACAAGAUCAAGGCAAUGAAGCAAGGCACGUAGCUUCUGGCUUCUGGUUUCUUGUAGACACCAGCACUGGGAAUGAAGAGCUUGUUUUAUCUACACCUGGGACCAUGGAGUUUACAUACAGAACAUCCCCAGUACAAGGACAUGAUUUAAAGGGGGAUGCACAGAAUGAUAUUUUAAUUACUGUUUAAUUCAGACAAGUGUAUUGGGCAAAUAUAGUUUUAGUUAUAAAAGCUGCAAAUAUAUAUUUUCUCAUUCAAGGACUUUUGAUGAUUUUUCAGACAUAGGAGAAUAAGAAAUAACUUUCUCUCAUUCUCUUUUUCUUGAUUAAAGAAAGAGAGAAAGGAAGGAAGGAAGGAAAGAAGGAAGGAAGGAAAAGGAAAAGGGAAGAAAGGAAAGGAAAGGAAAGAAAGGGAAGGGAAGGAAAGAAAAAACAAAGAAAGAGAGAUAAAGAUGUCCUCAAGGAGAGUUACGUAUAAAUAAUACAGCUGUAGACUCUAUCCUGGAUGUACCAGGUAUGCUUUCCUUUUUAUUCUUUCUCUAUCGUAAAUAGCUAGAGGGUGAAUUCUGCCUUAGAGAAAGAAAGCAGAUAUUCAGGGGUGUCAUUUCAUUCUGGUUAUUUGACAGCUUGAAGAAGCAUUUAAUUUUCUAAAUAAUAAUGUUACAAGCCAAGGUAAAGAAAAGGCAUGCAGUUUAAAGCUUUUCAACUUUGUCCAAGUUCUGACUAGUUAUGUCUGCCUGAGAAAGUGCCUUUGCCCCGUAGAACUACUCAAUCAAGAGUUGUAAUGUCUAUGGACAUUACAAGGAACCAAAACGUUGGAGGGCUGGAGGAACACAUUUGGCAAGAUAAAGGAAAAUAUCUCAGUAUGUAAGGAGUAGCUGACCCAUAAUUUUAAUCAUGUUCCAUUAUGUACAGAUGGUAUUAUUUGUAGUGAAUGUUAACCAUUAACAUUUGCUUGAAAAUGGAUAUUAAUCUGCUAUUAGUUUCUUGUUUCUGCUCUAGGUCUCCUUUGUAGAAAAGUUUUACUUAACUAUAUUAUGAAGGGAGAACAGGGUAAUGGAGAGAUAAUAAGCUUUUCAGAUUGGCAGAUCUACCACUUAAAAAGUGGCCAUGGGCAGGACACUUAAAUUCUUUGGAACUCAACUAGGUUCACUCAAAUUUAAAAAUGAGAAUAAUAAUAUAUACCUUGAAGUGUUUCAGAGAAUGAUCUAACCUAAUGCCUGGGUAUAAACUUCAAAAAAAACUCUUUUAUUUCAUUUUUCUCGGUUCCUGAGUGAGCUCAUCUUGGUCAUAAAGAUGCUAUGAGGAGCACUGAAAAGACCACUGGGCCAGGAGUCAAGAGUUGUGUGCUAGUAACAGCUUUGCUAUUAAUCGUGUGAUUUUAGGAAAGUCGCUUUCUGGGCCUUAGUUUGCCUAUCUGUUAAAUGUAAAGGUUGAACUCCAAUUCUGUUCUAUGGCUCUGUUAUUCUAAAUAUAUUUUAAUGGACUAGAAUCUCAAUGUUGGA